AUGCCGAAACCUCUGCCGACGACAGCGGAUCGACUCGAGACGCUCUUUGCCGAUGCCCUCCGCGCACAAGAGAUGGAGCGGUCGCGCCUCGCGAUCCGCUUGUUUACGCAGAUCAUUGACGAAGACGACGCUGGCCACGACACCAUUGUGUACCAAGCGUACGUUCACAAGUACAAGCUAGAGUGCUCGUUUUUGCUCUACAAGGUCGCGCGAGCUACGGCGAACGCGAUGCUUGAGCGCUUUCACGGCGCUCACGAAGCCUAUUUGCUUAAGGCUCGCGCCGAGGCCAAGCUGAACAAAUCGGCCGCGUCCGUGGCCUCGAUAAUCGCUGGCCUCGCCCACAACCCGAUUCACGGAGCCCUUCUGCGAGAGCUCGAAGAGAACCGAGAGGUACAGCGGCAAGCAACCAGUGCCACAGAGCGCAGCAAGCCGCGGGCAACGUUUGACGGACCGCCGUAUAGCAUGGACAUUGUGGAUAUCCCCGACACCUUUGUCGGUGUUGAGGCACUCCGGACAGUGCCCAGCCGGUAUGACUUUUUUGGCGCAUUUUCUGCUGACUUGAUUGCCCGUCUCGAUGCUCUCGAAGCUGCUCCUUUACAGUUAUCGCUCUUGUCCAAACCCGUGGUUUCCACGCUCGCACGGGCAGCGUCACUUGCGCCCAGGAGCACCAACCUCGCCAAGCUCUGCAUGCCCCGCGACUUUGUCCUGAGCUACUACGAAGCAGCUGCGAAUGCCAGCUCGUCCCUCUACGAACGUGACUGCGGUGUCAUCCUCAGCCGCGCCGUCCAUUUGCUGGAAACUCUACCGUUUGAGAUGCAUUGCGCCUUUGUGCUCGACAUUGACGACACGGCGCUCGUGAGCUACGGCUAUAUGAAGUCGACCAAGUUUGAGGCGAUUCCUAUGACCCAAUUCCAGUACCUCGUGCACGGCUCACCACCAGCAAAUCCUAUGGUCCUCCGGUUCUACGCCUACUUGAAGUGGAAGGGCGUUGAAGUGGUUUUCGUGUCGGAGCGACCGGAGCGGACCCGAGAUGCGACACUACGAGCGCUGUUUCUUGCUGGCUAUCGCGAAGAUAUAUUGGUUUUGCGCCAACCUAAUGAGCACCUCAUGUCGACGGCCAACUUCAAGCAGCGAGCGCGCGCAAAGCUCCAAAAAGAGUACAAGAUCAUCGGGUGUCUCGGUGAUCAGUUUGGUGACAUUACGGGCAACUACACGGGCGCCCGCUUCAAGCUCCCGAAUUAUCUAUACACAGUCGAGUAG